GGUGCAAACAACAACUAUGCUUCAAAACAAGAUGCAGAUUUGUUCCAUAGUGCAACGGUAACAGCGGCUAAAUAAAGUAACAGGAAAUUUCACACUUUAUUUAUGCUGCUGUAUGUACGAUACUACGUAGCAUAGCAUCAAUGUCUGCACUUGCACGAAGAAAGGAAUGACGAAAUGUAUCGUCUGCAAUCGCUGGACGUCUGUUCGCGUGCAUAACUUACUCGUAAUGCCAUUCGUCAAAUUUAGAAGUAGGUUUGUAAGUUAUGACUGCUGUCUUUCACUGCUACGAGUUCCUAUUGCUAAAACGACUUCAAGAAGAUGAGAACCUCUGGACUGAGGUAACCCGAAAAUUGUCAAACGAGAAAAGUCCCACUUUCGAGAUCCAGGCGGAGCUUUGGUACCUGUACAUCACUCUUGAAGGCACCGGAGGGCGGUUUUCAGAAUUCGUACGCUACAUUUCAAGCACUCCGCGCGUGCGUCUGGCUACAGCAGAUUCCCUGCUGAAGACAUAUUUGAACCGGUACAACUUUGUUGAACUCAAUUUGGAUCACAUCUUCAAAUAUGGUGAAGAUAAUGCCCUGCCUCGUGAGCUGUUCCACUGCCCGAGCGUCCGCGUCCUGUCCCUUCGGUCAAACUUCUUGGACCGGCUUCCAGCCGACGUGGGAUGCUUACAGCAUCUGGAGAGCUUGGCCUUGACCCACAACCGGCUCCACAACGGCAGCAUCCCGUUCACGCUCAGUUUCUGCCGAAACUUGCGCGUCCUCCUCCUCGACAACAACCUUCUUGAUGCCCUGCCGGGAUUCCUGCUCGACAUGCAUUCCCUGCACACGGUGCAUCGUCAUGGCAACCAUAACUAUUUCAAGGCAACGUUCAUGUGGUAUCACACGGACAUCAACAGUCGAAUCUUGGCUGUGACCCCGUCCAAGGCCGAAUCUCACAACGGCUUCAGGAACUCUCGCGUGCCGCUCACCCUCCUGGAGCAGUCGGCACGAGCUGUGGUGGCAUCCAAGACCGAUUUCUUUGCACCCGGGAAGCUCCCACCGCGGUUACGAGACUACGUCUGCGACCGCUACUUCGAAUUCAGCAUCUGUGGAAACUGCCCCACAGCCAAGUACAUGGGAGAGCCAGGUUACAAAGUGUUCACGUUCAAGAACCCCUACUUGGGAAACACGUGUGUGCCUUUCCAACACUGGGCCUGCUCUCUCGAAUGUGCUCUGGCGAUCGAAGUACCAGCGAGACGCGAACAGCUGUUGUCGUCACGCGAGCAGGACCGUCAGUAUGCCCAGUACAUCCAGCAGGCACAGGGGUGGAGUCCACCCCCAUCACCCCCACUUUGUCUUCUUUCCUGACCCCUUGCCCCACCUGUUUAAUCUUACCAAACUGAAUCGAAGACGUAUACAUAAACCAGAUUUAUGCAAGUGCACCUCAGGAAGAUGAACAAUGGCAGUGUUGCGAGUUUAGGUGGUUAGUCGUUUUUAUUAUUAAUAAAAUCUCCAUGAAGCA